AUGCCUUUGGAAUCCAAUGAUUUACGAGCGUUGUCACAGAUGCUGGCAGACGCAAUUCAACAGUCUACUUCGAGUGCAUUACAUGCUGCAACCAUAGGCAAUGCACAACAGAACACGACGACGAGAGUAUCUACACCACCCGUAUCCAUUUCGGGAUAUAAGGCAGCUGAUUAUACGUCCGUUCAGGACUAUUUCACACGCUGUGAAUGGUCAUUUCAAUUGAGCAGAAUAGCUGAAGCGGAGUAUAUGAAAUAUAUACUGGUUCACAUGGGUGCCGAGUUGAACAAUGCACUCAAAAUAUUGGUGAGUCCUAGAGUCCCUGAAGACCUCACAUAUGAGGAAAUAAGAACAACUUUGGUGGAUCAUUUCGACGGAAAAAGAAACCAAUAUGCGGAAAGUGUGAAGUUUCGUCAAGUGAUGCAGGAAAAGGGUGAGAGUGUAGCAGACUUUUCACUACGUUUAAGAAGAGCGGCAGCAUAUUGUAAUUACGGAAGCUCUUUAGAUCGUAUGCUAACUGAGCAAAUGCUUUACGGGUUGGAAUCAAGUAGUAUUUGCGACGAGAUUAUCGCAAAGGAGCCAGCGUCAUUCAAGGACGCAUACGAGAUAGCUCAAAGGCUCGAAGCAUCACAUAAAUCAGCUGUCGAAAUGAAAGGGAAUGUUUCUGGUUCCAAUCCGUUAACGGAAUCGAUGUUAAAGGUGGGUUAUAAAUCUUCCAAAUUUGGGGAUAACUCUAAAAGAGCUCCUACAAGGAAAAUAGCGUCAAAUUCGGAUUCUCUGAACAAUACUAAAUGUUACGGUUGCGGUGGCAGCCAUAAUAGGGACAAUUGCAAAUUCCGCAAUGCCACAUGCUACGCUUGCAACAAAAAGGGGCAUAUUGCAAAGGUGUGUAAGUCAAGAACGGCUCAAAUAUCGGAUGAAGAUAGUGACUCUGAGAUAAUUCAAAGAUUGAAUAAAGUAGGUGGUUUCAAAUCGGGAAAACACAUGAUGGAAGUGUUAUUGAAUGGAAAAAAGGUUGUAAUGGAAUUGGACUCAGGCGCCCCGUGUGGAAUAAUAAGUGAAGCCACACUGAAGACAUUAUUAGGCAAAUUAUAUAUACAGCCUACGAGCAGAAAGUUUACAAGCUACACCGGGCAUAAAAUAAAUGUCAUCGGUCGGGUGGUGGUGAAUGUUACAGUGGGACACAAAACACGUAAGCUUAAUGUAUACGUCGUUGAUGGUGACUACGAUGCGCUGUUUGGUAGAGAGUGGAUUCAACAGUUUGUUAAUGAGAUAGAUUUUAGAAGGUUGUUUUCUUCAUCGGAACCAGUUGGUACAUUGAAAAUGGAUGCACCACAUUUAACGCCAAAGGAAGCUCAGUUGUUACAAGAUGUGCUUGUUAAUUUUGAGGAUAUUUUUAGUUGCUCUGCUGGUAAGUUGGACAUGCCACCAAUUAAACUUCAUUUGAAACAAGAUGCGAAGCCGGUUUUUGCCAGAGCAAGGGAGAUCCCAAUAGCCUUGAGGGACACAUACGCAGAAGAAAUAGAGAAAAAGAUAGCAUCUGGAAUUUACACUAGGGUAGAAUUUUCGGAAUGGGCAUCGACAACUCAUGUUGUUGCCAAGAAGGACGGCAGGAUCAGAAUAACAGGUAAUUAUAAACCUACAUUGAACCCCCGUAUAAUUGUAGAUGAGCAUCCCAUUCCCAAACCGGAGAAUAUUUUCAAUAGAAUGAAGGGAGCGAAGCUUUUUUGUCAUUUGGACAUAACCGAUGCUUAUUCACAUUUACAAAUUGAUGACGAUUUGGCACACGCCCUAACACUGAAUACCCCAACACACGGUUUAAUUCGACCCACUAGAGCAGUCUACGGCGCAGCCAACAUACCGGCAAUAUGGCAGCGAACGAUGGAAUCUGUACUACAAGGCAUCCCCAACGUCUGCAAUUUUUUCGAGGAUAUAUUGAUUUAUGCUGCAAAUUUUGAGGAAUUAUUGGAUGUACUGGAAACAACAUUAAAUCGUUUACAGAAAAAAGGCUUAAAGUUGAACCAAUCAAAAUGUGUAUUUGCAGCACCGGCCGUCGAGUUUUUUGGGGCAUAA